CCGCCCCGUCCUCAGCAGUAGGUUUUCUGAUAUUCUACGACCUCUACGACGCAUACAGAUCAGCUUGUACACUAAAUCCGAGCAGAUAAUCGAGGAAACGUAUUUGCUGAAGCAUUUGGAUUUUGCGCAUUGUCAAUUCAUUUACUUUUGAAUAAUGUCGAAGCGGCAGCAGAUGAAGAACGAGGCCCUACUUAGAGAUCUCUCGGAUCUUCCAGAAAAUCGCAGAUGCGCCGAUUGUGGUGCCAGAAAUCCAGGAUGGGCGAGCUGGAAUCUCGGUGUCUUUCUCUGCAUGCGAUGCGCAGGUAUUCACAGAAAAAUGGGGACUCAUGUGUCAAAAGUGAAGAGUCUCAGCGUUGAUUCAUGGAGUGUUGAUCAGAUUUACGGAAUGCGCGAUAUGGGAAAUAAGAAGGCAAACUCGAUCUGGGAUCCAGAUAAUCACGGAAGCCGAAUGCUCGGAUACGAUGCAGAUGACGAUAGUGCAGUGGAACGAUAUAUCCGGGAUAAGUAUGAGCGAGGAAAGUUUAGACGUGACGCCGAUGACUUUGGUGGACGGCGCUCCUCCGGAUACGAUGACUACGAAGACAACGAUUACGGAGUUGGCGGAAGCCGUGGAAUCAAAGAAUCAUCAUCGUCCGGCCCCUCGCGCUGGUUUAGAAAAUCCAAGAAUAAAAAGGAAGCUAAGGAUGAUGAUCCAUACGGAGAUACGUAUGAAGCUCGCCCUGCUCGCAAUGGAAGUCGUCGAGAACGACGAAACGACGAAGAUGACUUUGGCAAAAGUCGCGAGCGCGAUAGACCAUCCCGAAACCGCAGAACCUCAGAGUUUCACGAGGAUUACGACUAUAAAGACAAAGUCUCAAAGCUGCGUGAUAUGGGAUUCUCUGACAGCCGCAAGAAUCUCGACGCUCUUGAGCGAUCCAACGGCGAUAUACUUCGUGCAAUUGAGAUCUUGACUGGCGACGAAUCCUCAGAGAGUAAGCCGCGACUACCUCCUCGACCUGGUUCAGUAUCUGCUCCUUCAUCAGGCGCCACCAGCCAGCCAUCUACUAGUACUACAACGGGCAACGCCCCUAGUGCUGCACAGCCUUUCCAACAGCCGAUGUACGAUCAAUAUGGAAACCAGAUUGGCGUGUUCCCAGCACAGCAGCAGCCUCAACAGCAGCAGUACCAGCCGCAAGCAGCGGCGCCUCAACAGUUUAAUCAGUUGACUGGUAUGCCAAGUCAGUAUGGUCAGCCUGCUGCCAAUCAGCAGGGUAUGGCGCAGCCGUCCCAGUUACAGCAGCAACAGCCUCAGAAUCUUUUUGCGCAGCCGACUGGUGCGCCAUUCCAACAACCGCAGACUUCCCAGCAGACUCAGGUCAAUCCUCAGCAGUCGUAUGGAGCUUCUUUGUUCCAGUCUCAGCAGCAGCCUGCCAAUCCUUCGCCAUUCCAGCCAUUCCAGUCUACGGCUACUGGCGCAUCGACUGGAUAUGGUCAGCAGCGCAACAGCUUACUGCCCCAGGCAACUGGAUUUAACGGUGGAAUGAAUGGCUAUGGCAAUCUGCCGCAGCAAGGUUCGCAGCAGCAACCUUCCAGUCAGAAUGCAUUUACGUCUCCGUUCAAUGGUCAAACUCAGCAGCAAGGAAUUCAGAAUAACCGAAAUACUUCCACAUCCGUUGACUUAUUGGGCGAUCCAGUAACCACUACACCUACGACCUUCUCGACGGGAUACCAGCCCUUGACCUCCAGUCUGCUGGCUGGCCAGCAAUCGCAACCGCAGAAUCAGAAUGCUCUCGCCAACUCGUUCUCGGCAAUGUCACUCCAGUCAGGAACGCAGCAAACCCAACCGCAACAGCAGAACCAACAACAGCAGCUUCAGCAGCAGCCUCAAUCGCAGUCUCUGCUACCGCAACGCACUGGUUAUAUCCAACCUCAACAGACUGGUUACCCGCAGCAACAGCAGCAGCCGGUACAGCAGCAGCAGCAUAUUCAGCAAUCGGCAUUUGCUCAAUAUCCUAUGCAGACUGGUAUGCCCACACAGCAGCAGCAACCGCAGCAACAGCCGCAGCAGCAGCAACAACAACAGCAGCAACAACUUCCCCAGGGCCAGCCUUUUGCUUCACAAUAUGGGCAAAUGCCGACUCAAUAUGGUCAACAGUCGAUUCAGCAGCCGGUGCAGCAGCCUUACGGCGGACAACCGCAACAACAGCAGCAGUUUGCGCAGCCUCAGAUGCAGCAACCUAUGCGUACUGGAAUUGACAAGUCGACGAUCAUGUCCCUUUAUUCUCAUCCUGAUUAUUUUUCAUCUCCUGUGGCUAUUCCCCAAAACCAGCAACAGCAGCAGAUGCCUAACGGUAACCAGUCGCUUCUCGGAGGCCCAGCUGUUGGUUCCAAUCAGCAGUAUGGUGUACAGCAGCAACAACAGCCUGUCAAGGAGACCCCUUCUUUGAAGCCUGGCUCACAUAAUCCAUUUUUGGCCCAGCAGCAGCCACAAAGCCAGCCUGCGAUGGGAAACAAUCAGAAUGGCGGCCGCGCGAGCCCCGAUGCCUUUGGCCAGCUUAGCGCUUUUACCGGAAAUGGUGGGGGAAGUAGAUGGUAGUCUGGGUUUUUGUCUGUGGAAUAAUAGUUUUAAGACUAUUUCGAGAAUUAUUUACGUGCUAUUACUCUGUUUGUUUCUACCACUUUAGAUACGUUUUUGAUAUUUGUGUAUCUUUAUAAACCUUUGUACUUUUCUUAGCUGUUAAAGUAGCAUAUGUUUACAUAGUGAUGUAUAGUAUAGUGCUGUUUCUGAUCGAUGCUGAGAUAUUAGCCAUGAUUCUUUUGGUAUGAUUAGUGAGUUGCAAUCAAUAGGUUUCAUU